AUGCCUAGGUGUUAUUUGAACUCUGUGCGUCCUCGUCAAGGAUCUUUUACACAUGAAACAGAAGAUACAAAGAUUCCACGUGUCCCUAAACUUCAAAAUAAGAAACAGAAAACUUUAUUAAAAAAUAACGAAACGAUAUACCACGACAAAGUACCGAUCUCUACGCGAUUCUACCUUCAGUUAUUAAAGAAAAGCCAGUUCAUACAACACUUCAUAGACACUGAAUGUUACGAUUACGCUUUGGAAAACGAAAAACCGGUAAAUAAUCCCGAACCGAAGAAAACGACCACGAAGCGCGACGAAAAGAUUUACAACCUACGAUCCAACGAGGCGAAGACCGAAAGGAAGAUUUUCACUGAAAAAAAGACAAGACGAUAUAAGCGCACGAAACAAGCGCCUUUGCCACAAAGGAAUGAUUUAAAAAAAGAUAAAAAGUCACCUUUGGCGCCGAUCAUCGAAGAGAUUAAGAACCGAGAACUCAAAGCGAAACCGGUCAAAGGUUCGGAAAUCGACAAAAUUGCCGAGAAAUUGAAGAGUUUGGUCGAAAAUAAUGCAGAUGAGAAACUUAACAAGGAACUACUGUUCUGUAAGGAAUCGUUCGACAAGGAAAACGUGGAAUGUCAGAUUACUGAAGAAAUGAAAGUUAAUUUGGUCGAUAAAGAAGAAUGUGCAAAAUUCCGCGAAUGGGAGCCACGUCCGCGAGCCAGCCACGUGUGCUCGUACUGCGGCAAAGGUUUCGACAGGCCCUGGGUGCUGAAGGGGCAUCUCCGCCUCCACACUGGGGAGCGGCCCUUCCCUUGUCCUCAUCCGCACUGCGGCAGGACCUUCGCAGACCGGUCCAACCUGCGCGCGCACCAGCGCACGCGCGGCCACCACACGUGGCAGUGGCGCUGCUCGCACUGCGGGAAGGCGUUCAGCCAGCACCGCUAUCUGGAGCGCCACCGGGCCGACGCGUGCCGGAAGUACAAGAUGCACUCUAGAAGUUCUCACGUAUCCUGCACCUUGAAAAUAUCGGAGGUUCCUCAGCCGGUGCCGUUGUAUGGGUUCAUUUGUCACAACAAAACCAUAGACAAGCCCGAGGCGACUGAAAUGUCGUACGAAGAAGGUCCAAUAGACCUUUCUAUGAAAAAAUCAAGAGAACAUUGCUUAACCGCGAAGGUUUAA